AUGGAUGAUAAAGGAACACAUAAACGUAAUUAUUCAGAAAAGAAAAAUAAAGACCAAGAAAAAGUAGAUGUUGAUAGUGAUAGUGCUGGGUUUACAUUAAAAAGUUACGAAAACUAUGAACAUUUUUCUUUAGUUCGAAAUUUUCAUUUAGCAGAUUUUAUUACUUUUGGUAAUGGUUUAUGUGGAUCAUGUUCGAUUUUCUCAAGUAUACGAUAUGCUAUAACCAAUGAUCAAAGUUAUUUAUGGUUAAGUAUGAUGUUAAUGCCUUUAGGCAUGAUGCUUGAUUUAUUUGAUGGAAAAGUAGCAAGAUGGAGAAAAACUGCUAGUAUUUUAGGUCAAGAAUUAGAUUCAUUAGCAGAUUUGGUAUCAUUUGGUGUUGCUCCAGCAGUUUGUGCAUAUGCAGUUGGAAUGCGUACAUUUCUUGAUACAAUACUCUUAUCAGUUUUUAUAUGUUGUGGAAUAGCUAGAUUAGCACGUUAUAAUGCAACCGUUGCAUCAUUGCCAAAAGACAAAGGUUCUGGAAAAGUACGUUACUUCGAGGGCACUCCCAUUCCUACAACAUUAUUUCUUGUGGCAUUAAUUGCUUAUCUGACUUCAGAAGAAAGAAUUGGCGAUAGAUUACCUGGCGGAACGACUACUUUGCUUGCAGAAGCAAUUGGAAAUGGUGAAAAUUUAGCACAAAGACCUGAACAGAAAACCCAAUGCGAUGAUUCCAAUAAAUUCAGAGCCCCAUCCGCUCAUAAUUUUGACCUUUGA